AUGCUUCUUGGGAGUCGUCCAUUGGUCGAGUUCGCUUCCGGACCUUUUUGGAGCUCAUUUGCUAGUCGUUUCAGAAAACAAAAACUUCUUCUCCUGUUCUCCCUUGGUUCUCUUAUCGUCUUCACGCUAGCAGUUGGGUUCGUUCAACCUAUCACACCAUACUGUGUAGUGCUUGUUCCAAAAGAAAAUACUUCAUGUCAGAUGGUAUUAGUUCCGGCCGGCAAGGUGGUCCGGGGCGGUGCUUUAGGGAUGUUGAAAGAGGCCGUCGUGGGAAGGACUAAGCGUCGAGCCGAAAAUCAGAUCAUCGAGAAGAUCAUUGAUUUGAGUUCGUUCGAUAACGAGGAAGACAUUGUUGCUGGCAUCGCGCCCGAGUACAUCACGAGAGAGCAGGUGUGCAAUUACGAUGAGAAUGAGUAUGGUGUAUUGGUAUCACCGCCGCAUUCGACACGGGUCUACCGCCAGCCGGCUGUAGAACAGGCGUUUAUGCUACUCCUACUCCUGAUUGCACUGGGCGAGUUCUUCUCAUCGCCGGCCCUCGCACUUGCUGACGCAGCCACUCUGAACGCCACCAAGGACAACCCUCAAGAGUUCGGAAAAAUCCGUCUCUUCGCUUCCGUCGGAUGGGGACUGGCCAUGUUUGUCAUGGGAAUAGGUCUCGAUUAUUCGGACUCAUUCCGAAAUCAUCCUUGUCCCACCAGCAAUACUACGGAAAAAAAUUACACAUUGUGCUUCGUUAUGUGCAGUAUUUUUAUGUGUGCUGCUAUGCUUUUAGCUACGCAGUUCAAAUUCGGAGACGAGACUGCGCGCCCUGACGAAGUAGGUGGUCUGAUGAUGGACACACGAGAAUCUGAGGUAUCGCACGUAGUCGCCGAAAAAGCGAGAGCUCGGCAAGUACAGGCUGAUACUGCAUCUGAAAGCACCUUAUGGAUCACUGUGAAAGCCCUCGCCAAUACUCACAUCCUCAUUUAUUUGGCGUCCGUCACUGUAAUGGGAUUUGGUGCCGGCAUCGUUUUUUCAUUUCUUUAUUGGCAUUUGCAAGAUCUAGGCGGUUCACCUGUGCUAUUCGGCAUCCUUUCUGUAGUAAAUCACGCCUCCGAAAUUGUGGCUUAUUUCUUCGCCUUCCAAAUAAUAAACAAAUUUGGCCAUAUAAAGGUGAUGUACAUUUGUCUUGCCGUGAACGUGAUUCGAUUUUUGAUACUCAGUUGGCUUGACAAUCCGUGGCUGGUACUGCCUUUACAAGUUCUGCAAGGUGCGUCUCAUGGGCAACGUGUGCAGCUCGCUGGGGCAGGAUACCACAAAAUUGAGGGUACUGCAAUCACUGCUGGAAUGAAUAGGAUUAGGGACGUACGUCACGAGUUUGAUAUUGCUCACGCUCAAUUAUCCAAAGAAAACGAAGUUGGGGACGGCCUUGUCGCAGCAAUCUCCCAACGAGGCACCCAACAACGAUUUGCGUUAGCAACAGUGUGGACGUCUGCAUCGUCAUACAUUUCUUUGGUCGCACCAGCACACAUAAAGUCGUCAGCUCAGUACGUGCUACAACUACUUUAUCACGGUGUUGGCAAAGGUGUCGGUAGCAUCGCUGGCGGUACAGUGAUCGCUGUGUUAGGUACCCGAGUGACGUUCGUUUUGUACGCGUUGUUAUGCGCUGUUAUGUGUGGAGGGGGAUAUGCACUGAACAAACUGUUCAAGUACGAAGGGAUUAAAUACGGAACUGGUAUGUUCGAAGAGGACGAGAUGGACAUGAUGGCUCCUCAAGGAAUUCCUAUGGCACGCGACGGGAAGCUCACGGAUGCAUUCAACACCACAUCGGCUAUGAAUACAAACUAUGGAUCCAUAAUUCAAGAAGAUCCCACUCAAGAUGCGUAUGACCGAUACGUGAGCAGCCACGAGUAG